GAAAGCUAAAAAUGUCUUCAAGCCAUGAAGUAAACCACACUAUUGAUAUCUAUACUGUGUACCCAGACCUUCCAGAUUGGGUGUUUGAUGUGUUUGCUACGUAUCUCUUUAUCCUAGGGACAAUUACUCUACCGUUAAACGGAUUUUUUCUCUAUCUCUUCUACAAAACACCAAAGUUGAGAACAGACUUCAAUUUACUCCUGUUCAACCUGGUAGUUGCUGAAACUGGAAUAGGAAUAUUCGGAAUUAUUACAGAUUUUGUUGCCACUGCAAGGCAUGGUUGGGAUAUGGGCAAGGAUUUUUGUAUUUUUACUGGUUUUGCUCUCACCCUUUUCGGAAUGGCGAGCGUCAAUAAUCUUUUGAAUAUCGCUCUGUUUCGCUGGGCUGUGUAUAUUUUUGAGGCGAGACAUAUCAGCGCUUCCCAGCUGGCGAGAGGUUUGGUUUGGUUAAACUGGUGUUGGAGUCUCAUGUUUGCCGUUCCUCCUCUGGUUGGCUGGGGGCAAUAUUUACCUGAAGUAAACGGGAUGAGUUGUGCUCCAGCUUGGAGAGCAUCUGAAGGAACCCUGGACUAUUUCAACAUCAUCUCCUACAACAUCUUCUUGAUCGGUCUUGGGUUCUUCAUUCCAGUCAUCAUCAUCUUCUCCACCUCACUCAACUUGUACAUGAAGCUUAAUAAGGAUGUGAGAAGCAUUGUUUGUGACUCUGUAAGAGCGGCUGCAUGCAAGGAAUCAUUUUUAGAAACAUUAUAUCUCAAUUUUGAUUAUCAGUUUUCAAACAAGAUUAUUUAA